AGGAAUCAACGUCUUUUUGGAAAAUUAUACAAAAUAGAUAUUAAUGACUUAAUAUGUGAUGAUCCUUUGUCGAAUAGUAUGAUUGACCUUGGCUCUGAUCAAUUUCAAUUAUUUGAGAAUGACUUUGAUUUACUUGUGGGAGAAAAAGCAAGGAUAAGAAGAUUAAGUAAAAUAGCUGAAGGUGUGAAUGUUAUUUAUUAUUGCUGGGUUAAACAAGAAAGUGAAAAAGAACAGAUUGUAAGAGAUAUUACUAAAUAUCUCAACAUGGCUCGACUAAUCGAAGUGGCUACAUAUCAAUUACCAAUUAAUAGAAAUGAACAUCAAAGUGUAGUAAGUAAAAAUCGUAAAGCCAAACUAAAAAAUAGUGCAAGGAAUAACAAAUUAAAUUUUUAUGAUUUGAGUAUUCCUAGGUCAGAAAUUGUAUAUGCAGAAAGUGGUAAAUGGAACUGUAACGAAGAUAAAAUACUUGAAGAUCACAAUAAAUUAGUAAGAUUUUGUAUUGAUAGAUAUAAAGAGAUUUCAAAAAAGCAUGUGAAAGAUGUUUUAUGGAAAAAUAAUAUUACUCUUGGAAUUAAUAUUAUUAAUCUGAGAAAACGGGUAAAAUAUUAUCUCCCAAUUGCCAAAGCAAAAAUCCCAUUAGGAUCUGAAUCUGUCGAAGAGGUAGAAGAAUUUGUUCAUGUUUUAAUGACCAUACGA